UCAAAUCAAAACAAGUGAAAUAGAUAAUCAAUGAUUGAAGAGAUUGAAUAAUUGGAAAAAAUUUUUUCAGAUCGUUAAAAAUUCAUUGAUAUCACUAAUGUGAUUUAUUAUGUAGAAAAUAUUACAGAUUAUCUUUAAAGAAAACUUUCAGAUAUAAGGCUACCUAUAAAAAAUGUUUUAAAUUUUGAUAGAUUUCAACCAUUUCUACCAUGAACAUUUUCCAAUUUCUCAUUUUUUUGCUAAUUUGUGCGUUAUGUUCGGCACGUAAUCAUACUCUAACUCUUAAUAAUGAUGUUCGUAAAUACAUAGCUCUCAGUACCUUUGGUUUUUACCAAGGAGGAAUUCUUGAUGUGCAACUUCGAAAUUUCAGAGCAAAUCCUGAAAAUGAAAAUUCAACAUUUGGAUUCAGCUUAGAUAGAACUGUAAACGAUGCAAUGAAUCCUUACUUGAACAAUCAUCAAGAAAAAUGUAUCUUAAAUGAACCUAUAACUAAACAAAAUGGUGCAGAAGUCUUCUAUUUCAUUCUUGAUUUGAAAAACAAAAAAUUACAUGUGAAAUGUGAUAAGGAAGCCAUUGUGCACAUUUACAAAAGUAGAGAUGAUGUUCCAAACUUUAUGGAAACUAUUGUGAAACAACAACAAAGGAGAAAGAGGGAUAAAAAGUCUCCAUGUGAUGAUUAUAAUUUCAACAUUAUUUCUGAAACCAUAAAAGAUGUGACGUAUUACAAUACAAAUUUUACAAUUUCAAUUUCGAGUAUUAAAGAAGAAGGAUUGUACAACCUUUACUUCCAUAACUGCCAAAAUUACGAUCAAGGCGAAGAGGUAUCUGUUGAUUUCACCAUACAGAUUGUUGAAAGCAACCUGAGUAAUUUCUUGUCAGCUGGUGAAAUGCCUUUACCGGCCCUCUAUUGCAUGAUGUCCAUACUCUUCAUGCUAUCCGGAAUGUUUUGGGUAUUUUUAUUACACCAAUCGAAACAUCCCGUAUUCAAAAUACAUUACAUGAUGGCUGUGCUUGUUUUCCUUAAGGCUAUAUCGCUUGCUUUCCAUGGAGUUAACUACCAUUACAUCCAACAUUUAGGAGUACACAUAGCCACUUGGGCGGUGCUGUUCUACAUAGCCCAUCUUUUGAAAGGGGCACUUCUUUUCGUGGUUUUAGUGCUCAUCGGUACUGGAUGGACAUUCAUUAAGCACGUUUUGGCACCCAAAGAGAAAAGGCUGUUCAUGGCGGUAAUUCCUCUCCAAGUUCUAGCCAAUGUAGCGGAAAUUAUUCUUGAGGAGAGCGAGGAAGGUACAAAAGAACAUUUGGCCUGGAGGAGAAUAUUUAUCCUGGUCGAUCUUCUGUGCUGUGGCUGCAUUUUGUUUCCUGUCGUUUGGUCUAUUCGACAUUUGCAGGAGGUUUCCCUCACAGACGACAAAGCAGCCAUGAACCUGAAAAAAUUGAAACUAUUUCGUCAUUUUUACGUCAUGAUCGUCUGCUACAUUUAUACCACCCGUAUGAUUGUCUACUUGCUGAAAAUGGCUGUGCCAUUCCAAUACGAGUGGCUGGACGAAAUGUUCAGAGAGAUGUCAACCUAUGUUUUCUUUGUCCUCACAGCGUACAAAUUCAGACCGGCAUCACAUAAUCCCUAUUUCGCGGUGAGCGACGAAGAUGAUGAUCUAGAUCAGGCGAUCACAGAGUCUGGUGCUCUGGAAGGUUUGAGUAGAGUGAACUCUAGAAAGAAUAAGGUGUCCCUUUUAAAUAUGACGGAAGUGACAGAAGAAGAGAAGGAUGCUCUACUGAAUCAAAUGGAAAGUAGUCAUGAAUAUGAUUAAAAUCAGAUUUAACGAACGAUGACAAACUGUACAUUAUUUUUUUUAGUCUUAUACUUAGGAUUCUAAUUCUUUUGAAAAGACAAACGAGAGGUUAAAGAUUAUAUGUGGUUUUGAGAAAUGAAAAACUCUCUUUUGAUAUAUAUUUAUAAAGUUGUUUCUUCAAUAUUUUUGUUUGUUGUAGAGCUGAAUUUUUUUUUUUUAUUAUUCUAAGGCUAGAAGGUUACUUAAACAAUUUCUUGAAAUCAUGAGUUACAACUGUGAUACAAAGUCACCAAUGAUAAUCGUUCACACAUUUUCAAAAGAUUUAUAAAUUUUAUUUAUAUCAUGUACCACUGGAUCAUCAAUAAAUUUAAAUUAUUACUAA